AUGGUAGAGAGAACAUGGAUCAUUGCUCCCAGGAAACUAAUGGAAAAUGAUGACUAUACUAAGGAGGAUUACAUAGCAAAAAUACGCAGUGAUGAAGACGUCAAUGUACGAUACUCUCUCGUAGGCAAAGGAGCAUCUGAAGAGCCGUUCAACCUUUUCACAGUGAAUGAACGGACUGGCUUUGUCAGGAUCCAUGGCAUUCUUGACAGGGAGGAGACACCUUUUUACGACUUGAAGGGAGUGGCCAAGUUCACAAACAGCAGCCGUGCAGAGAAAGACAUUGAACUGAAAAUAGUAGUUCUAGACCAAAAUGAUUGUCCACCUGUGUUCUCUUUCGAAAUUACUAGGGAAGUCAGUGAAGCAAGUGCGACAGGUACCUAUGUGAUGAAAGUCAACGCCACAGAUGGAGACGAGCCCGGGACGCUUCACUCACAGAUAGCCUACAGUAUUGUUGCUGGAGGCGGUAGCAUGUUCUACAUCAACCAGAAAACAGGAGAGAUCCAUGUCAAACAGGAAACUCUAGACAGAGAGACCCUUGGCACUUACACUCUAACAAUCAAAGGAACUGAUAUGAACGGAAGUCCUGGAGGGCUCUCGGGAACUGGAAAAUUUGUUGUCAAGAUUCUGGAUGUAAAUGACAACAUUCCGACCCUGGAAAAUACCUAUUACGAGGCCAAAGUAAUGGAGAACACAUUCAACGUGACGGUGUUGAGGAUCAAAGCACUGGACGCUGAUUUAAUCCACACUGAUAACUGGCUGGCUCUCUUCACCAUUGUGUCUGGAAAUGAAGCAGGAUACUUUAGCAUCACCACAGACAGCAAGACAAACGAGGGCAUUCUGGUGCUGAACAAGGCCUUAGACUACGAGCAACUGAAAGAGCUCAACCUGCUAGUGGCUGUUUCCAACAAAGCAGAGUACCACUCCUCCAUCAUCACCUCCACCACCAAGACCAAGACUUACCCCAUCAAGAUUCAUGUCCAAAAUGAGCCAGAGGGCCCUCACUUCCAGCCUCUAGUCAAAGUGGUGCGUGUCUCAGAGGAUCACACCACCAUUAACCUAAAAGAGGUCAUCACUACCUACACGGCCAUUGAUAGUGACACGCUGCUGAUUGCCACCAAUGUCAUAUAUGCCAAAGGAGAAGAUAAGCAUAACUGGAUAACAAUAGAUCAACACACUGCUGAAAUCAGACUGAAUAAACUCCCAGACAGAGAAUCCCUCCACCUGGUUAAUGGGACCUACUAUGCCAAAAUCAUUUGUAUCACAACAGAUAUUCCAAGAAAAACAGCCACAGGAACCAUCGCUAUUCAAGUUGAGGACUUCAAUGACAAUUGCCCGACCCUUACCAGCACGAAUCAGACGGUGUGCUUUCAGGAUAAUGUGGUGUAUGUCACAGCCGUGGAUGGGGAUGCCUAUCCCAAUGGGGCACCAUUUGAAUUUAAAGUUGUGUCCAACACAAAAGAAGAGUGGUCUGUAGAGCGCCUGAAUGACAACACAGCCAUCUUACGACCAAAAGAGAGUCUGUGGCCAGGCAGGUACAAGGUCUUUAUGGUGAUCCAGGACCAGCAGGGAAAAGCCUGUGAUAAUGACCAGGUGUUAAAUCUGGAGGUGUGCAGUUGUACCAAGGACAACAAGUGCCCCCCACGGCUGGAUAGGAGACCUAGCGCCACCCUGGGACCAGCAGGCAUCCUAUUGAUGCUCCUGGGACUCCUACUGCUUUUCUUGCUGCUGCUGUUCUGCCUGUGUGGUGGUGCUGGAGACGUGGGCGGUUUUAAGCCCAUGCCCUGGGAAGCCAAACAGCACUUGGUCGAUUAUAACUGCGAGGGCCAAGGGGAAGAUAAGGUAUCAGUCGUGCGCAGUCUCACAAAAGCCAGCUGCGUGGAGGGGCUUGAAUCUGCAAAAGAAAACCUGCUCAUCUAUGAGUAUGAGGGCCAGGAGUCUCCGGUGGGCUCUGUGGGCUGCUGCAGUCUCCUCGAGGAAGACCACGACCAGGAGUUCCUCAAUGACCUGGGGCCUACAUUUAAGACUCUGGCUGGCAUCUGUGGUGGUGCGGCUUUUGAAUUUGAAUCUAGUAGGGUGAUGGUCCCAGCUCCUCAGCCAUCUGCGUCACAUGUGACAAACGUUUGUUCCAGUGGGGAGAUCUCACAGAGCAUCAGCGCAGCCAAAGCCGAUGCCAAAAGCUUGGCCACUUCCUCCACCAUGUUCCAGGAAAGCGUUUCCUCUACAACCUGCCAUGCAGCCACCAACAUGCAUCUUCAAGAGAAUAUAGUGGUCCCAACCCAGACACUACUUAUCCAGCAGCCAACUCUCUACUAUGCUGCUGCCCCACCUAUGUAUGUAGUGGACCCACAUCCCCAUCCCACCCUGCUUGUAGGUCCUACAGUCAAUGUGGGUGAAAACCUGGUCAUGGUAGAGAGACAAGCCACUACAGGUGGCUCUAUCCAGCUACAGGGGAUAAGGCAGGGUGUGGUUGGGCUUGAGAACCUCCAGGGAGGCCAGAGCUUGGUUCUGGUGGAAGGGAGGGCCUCUGCUGCUGGUGACCCUCACCAGAUUAUUGGCACGUUAGGUAGAAGGCAAGUGGUUGAGAUGCAACAAGGAAUGGGCAGCAGUUCUGUGAACCAAAUGGGCUAUGGUGUGACCUCUGGUAAUAUCUCACUGUCAGAGACAGCAGUAACUGCUGGAAGUGGAAGGCUACAGCAUGAAGGCAGUGGAGGUUUCAUUCAGGUUGUCCCAUCCCAAAGCCAUAUGAGUCAGAGUGUAGAAAUGAGAGGCCAAAGUGCGUCUUUAAAUGUUCCUCUCGAGACAAACAAAGUGUUUGUUCAGGAGAGGGUGUCGUUCACUGAGAGAAAUAUGCAAUCCAGUAGUAUUGCAUAAAAUGCUAAGACUUAA